AAUUACAUUACGCCAAAUGUCAUUUAUAAUAUUUAAUUAGAUUUGUCUUUAAUGAAAAUAAAAGAAAAUAUAUUUUGGGGAAGCUUUAAGUUUGUUUUUCAAAUAAAAAUCCUGAAUUAAUGCAAUGGAGGAAUUUACAGGCGUGCAAUUACUUUUGAGGGCUCGGAAGUGCAACAACAAAGCCGUUUACAUACCAAUGUAAAAAGUACAAGUGCCAAAUACAUAUGUACAAGUAUAACGCUGCAUAGGUGGCGGUCGUACCAGGACCAGGCUUCGUUUAUGUGGUAAACCCGCCAGAAAUUCCACGUGUUGCCUUCGGCUCGGGCAUGGAGCGUGUAACGCUCGCUAUGUCUGGCCCGAGUUUAACGCCAUUUAUGCGCAAAAUGCAGGGCGAAGUACGUGACUUUCCUGGUCCUUUCGAAUAUUUUCACACGAAAGGUUUGGAAAUAAAAUAUCCAUCUACACUGGGCUAUUCAUCUUUUGCAAGCAAACUGCCACGCCUGCCGCCCACUAAUAUAUCACGUUUUCCGCCAAUUGGUGCUUACGACGUCGAACUGCGGAAAAAACCCAAACAAGCGGCGCGUCCAUUCAAUGUGGGAUCCAAGUAUGCUGACGAUAAGAAACUCCUGACGCCAAGCCCAGCUGAUUAUGCAUUUAGCAAACCGGCGACCAGUUUGAAGAUAUGCUCCGCUUUCGGUUGCAAGCGCAUUUUUUGGCCUGCAGUCGCCAUUAUUUGCACACCCAUAAAUACGGCCAAAUGCUCAAAGUGCAAUAGAACUCCCAUCGGUGAUUAUUUCCAUCAAUUCCAAUUGAAUUUGGAUAUGUGCCGACGUUGCAUGAAGAAACAGUUGCGCAUACUGAAACACUGUGCCACCGAUUUGUUCUAUCGUGCACGCAUGCGGCAGGAAUUAAAUCUGUACCAGCCGGUGAGAUAUUGCGGCUUCUUCCACGAUCAUCAGGGCACUACGGCAGCGAUUCAACAUAUGCCCACAUCAAUUCUGAAGUAUAAAAUAAAAACGGAAAAUUAUCUCUCUAAAUACAUAUAUAAAAAAAUAUAAGCGGCAAGGCAGUGGAAUUUUAAUUAGUCUUUUAUAAAUAUUUGGAAAACUCUGGAUUGUAAUAAAAGCAUUUGAAUGCAGAA